AUCCUUUAUUGUCUGGUGUUCAACACAAAUGUAAGCUACCAGACGGUCUCGCACGCUUAUCGCAUCUUGCAAGCACUUCCGUCACCAGUGACCACUUCUGGACCGGGAUUUCAACACAUCAUCUAAACCUACAGACAGCCUAUCAUUUGUGUCUUAGCGCUGUGGCCAGGGUUCACAGUCUAAUGGCUGCAAAGACGGGCUAUGCUUGGCGCUAACCCACGAAGGGAUCACCCAAUCCUGCAGAUAUGUGGGACAGAAAGACUCGCUGACAAGUUGCAGCCAGCUGCAGGGGUAACUCCACGGGCUAUGAUACCCCGCUUCAGGGAGACAAUGGCUAUUCAACUUCCUCUCGAUUGAUCGUAAUCUGUCAGCAGGUCAACGAUGGCUAGCAACAGCGCGUUCAUUGUGCAAACCGUCAUUGGUCUGGUCAUAGUAUAUGUCCUUAUCUCUAUCGUACGAUUCUCAUUACAGUCCCUUCCGCCCAAAAACUACCCUCCAGGACCACCUUCGCUGCCAUUCAUUGGCAACGUGCACCACUUCGCAUCGAACAAGCUCCACAUCAAGUUUACAGAAUGGCGCAAAACCUACGGCGACAUCAUCGGGCUCAAGGCCGGACCUGCCAACAUCGUCGUCCUGAACAGUACUGCAGUCACUCGAGAGCUACUUGAAAGGCGAGGAAACAUCUACUCGGGUCGGCCCACGGACUACAUCUUCCGAGAGCACAUCGUGCAGGACGCACAGCACAUUCUAUUCCUACAAAACGAUACAUAUCUAAAGCGGUACCGGUCUGCAGUGAGACAUCUGCUUGGACCUGCUGGCUGCGAGCAAGCUUUACCACUGCAGAACGCUGCGGCGACGUAUCUGGCGUACAAUUUGGUGUUGGCACCUGAGAAAUUCCAGGACCAUUUACACAAUUGGGGUAUGGGCACUCCGUUGACUGCGAUUUGUGGCCAUCGAGGAGCGCAGAAAGACAAAAACCUGACCAAGCUCUUCUAUGACAACCAGAAGAACUGGCUGGAGUUACUCAAUCCUGGAUCAGCUCCUCCGAUUGGUAUGUUUCCGAUUCUCAAAUACGUGCCAGCAUUUCUGGUCAAGUGGAAGGGACAAGCGAAAGCGCUGCGCCAGAAUCAGCAAUACUUCUACUACAUGAUGCUGAACUCCGCCAAAGACGAAUUGAAACGUAGCAAGGCCGGCAACAACGGGAAGUCCAAUGGUUUCCUGUCACUGAUGGCAACACUAUUGCAAGAGCAAGGAGACAAAGGGGGAUUUGACAAUCACCAGCUUGCGUACCUCGGUGGUGGGCUGUUGGAUGCUGCUGUCGAUACCACGUACCUCAGUGCUCUGGCUUUUAUCAAGGCUCUAGGAGCCCAUCCUAAAGUUCUUAAACGCGCGCAGGCCGAAGUCGACAGCUUUUCUAAAGCAGGCAAACCUCCACGAGUCGAAGACCUGGACAAAUUGCAGUACCUGAAAGCCUGUUUCUUUGAAGUACUGCGCUGGCGCCCGGUAGCCACCGUCAACCUCCCCCACACCCUCGACGCCGACGACACUUUCCGCGGCUACCACAUCCCCAAAGGCACAGUAAUUCUGCAGAACAUCUGGAUCGACUCGCACGACCCCACUCUCUUUCCCGCACCCGACACCUUCAACCCCGACCGCUACCUCGCCAACCCCUACGGCACUGAUCUAUCCUUCGAAGCCUGCCAAGCCGAGGGCAGAAGAAUCUCGUACGCUUUUGGGAGCGGUCGGAGACAGUGUCCUGGGAAUGUGUAUGCGCAGAAUGGGUUCUUGGCUAUGGCGGCGAAGCUGGUUUGGGCGUUUGAUGUGAAGGGGAGGGGGGAGUUGGAUUUGAGUGUUGAGACGGGGUUUCAUGGGGGUUUGCUGCUGGGGAGUGAACCUUUUGAGGUGGACUUUGUACCGAGGAGUGAAAUGCAUCGUCAGGUUAUCAUUGAUGACUGCGAGAGGACAAGGGUGCUGUUGGAUUGACAUGAGUGUAUAAUGAUUCCAGGCGGUUGCAGAUUGACCGG